CGCGCCUGUGGGCGGGGCGUCGGCGUGCAGAAGUUCCUCCGCUGCGGCGCCUUCGCUGUCUUGCGUCCCUGACUUCGGCCGCGCCAUGGCCUUCGUCACCAGGCAGUUCGUGCGCUGCGUGUCCUCCGCCGCCGCCUCGGCUUCGGCAAAGAAGAUCAUCGUCAAGCACGUGACGGUCAUCGGCGGCGGGCUGAUGGGCGCCGGCAUCGCGCAGGUUGCUGCGGCCACUGGCCACACAGUGGUGCUGGUGGACCAAACCGAGGACAUCCUGGCCAAGUCCAGAAAGGGGAUCGAGGACAGCUUGAGGAAGGUGGCAAAGAAGAAGUUUGCAGAAAACCCCAAGGCUGCUGAUGAGUUCGUGGCGAAGACCCUAAGCGGCAUAUCAACCAGCACAGACGCAGCGGCCGUGGUGCACAGCACCGACCUGGUGGUGGAGGCCAUUGUGGAAAACCUGAAGGUGAAGAACGAGCUCUUCCAGAGGCUGGACAAGUUUGCAGCCGAACACACCAUCUUCGCCAGCAACACCUCGUCCCUGCAGAUCACCAGCAUAGCCAACGCCACCACCCGGCAGGACCGCUUCGCCGGCCUCCACUUCUUCAAUCCGGUGCCGGUGAUGAAGCUGGUGGAGGUCAUCAAGACACCGAUGACCAGCCAGAAGACGUUUGAGUCUCUGCUGGACUUCGCCAAAGCCCUGGGAAAGCACCCUGUGUCCUGCAAGGACACUCCAGGGUUCAUCGUGAACAGGCUCCUGGUGCCCUACCUCCUGGAGGCUGUCCGGCUGUACGAACGAGGUGACGCGUCCAAGGAAGACAUCGAUGUGGCCAUGAAGUUGGGAGCCGGCUACCCAAUGGGUCCCUUUGAGCUUCUUGACUACGUUGGGCUGGACACCACGAAGUUCAUCAUGGACGGGUGGCACGAGAUGGACGCGAAGAACCCGCUGUUCCAGCCCAGCCCUGCCCUGAGCAAGCUGGUGGAGGAGAAGAAGUUGGGCAAGAAGUCCGGGGAAGGCUUUUACAAGUACAAGUGACCCGCUCCGCCUAGGGGACCUCGGGAGCCUGCAGCCAGCCAGUGGGAGCCUGGGGACGGGCCAGGGUGCCCCACAGUGUGGUGGUGCCGUUCCUCUGAAGCUCCGUUUCCUGGUCUGGCGCAGGCAGAUCCCUGCACCGAGGGCUGACCUUUCCAGCCCACAUUUCCAUGUCUCCGAGAGCUUUGCACCUUGGUGCCUUGGCAUAGGCGUUCCUUUGAGCCUUGUCUCUGUAAGCACUGCCAGCCCCCAUGUGGGAGGGAACGCCCUUCUUCCCAGAGCAAGCGCGCUGCCAUCACCGUCUCAGUUCCCCUGGGAUCUUGGGACUUCAGGACCCGGGGACACUGGCCACUGUGUAGGCCGAGGAGCCCUGGCUGUCACCACGCUCGGCAGGGGGAAGCAUCCAGGCCCAUGGGGACCUGUGUGUGGUCGCUGUCUCCUGUCUGCCGUGAGAAACCAGUGGUGAGCAGGCUGCUCCUUGAUUCUGAUAGAAUGGAACCCUUUAGUCUGUGAGACUUUGAAUGGAAAUAAACACUUGUGAUUCACGUGGCAAA